ACGUUUUCCUUCAAAUAUUCAGGAUUUUUGGUAGAUUUUGAAGCCUCCGCGGAAGGUUAAAGAGCAACGAGAUGGGAAAUAUGAUACUCAUGGCGCUUCUGCUGUUCCACCUGCCGACAGAGCUGUUGUCCAUCCAGGUGAUUGUUCCUGAGUCAGAAAGGAGGACGACGCUGUUUGCCUCUGUGAUCCUGCCCUGUGACUACUCGACUUCAGCCAAUCCUCAGGAUGUGCUGGUCACCUGGAGGUACAAGUCCUUCUGUAAAGACCCGGUUCUGGAGUACUACUCCACAGCCUAUCAGGCCGCCCUGCAGCUGGGUCAGGACCCGUCCAAUGACUGCCCCGACCGCCAGCGCACAGUCCGCACUGUGAUCCAGAAGAGGGGACUUAAUGAGCCCAUCCUGGGUGCAGACUACAGAGAACGCAAAAUUACCAUUCGAAACAAGGCCGACCUGGUCAUCACCGAGGUGAUGUGGUGGGAUAAUGGCGUGUAUUUCUGCAGCAUCGAUGCUGCUGGUGACACCACAGGGGACUCGGAUCGUGAAGUCAAACUCAUCGUGUACCAUUGGCUGACAGUCCUGUUCAUCAUCAUCGGCGCCCUCCUGUUCAUCAUGCUGCUCGGCAUAUGUUGCUGUCAGUGCUGCCCGCAGAAGUGCUGCUGCUACGUCCGCUGCCCCUGUUGUCCACAGACAUGCUGCUGCCCAGAAAAAGCUGUGAUGCAGCACAGGAUGCUGCAAGAGGCCCGGAAAGCUAUGGCUCCGUGGAUGAAUGGUCAACCCAUUUACGCUCCCGUUAGCUCUAAUGCCUCCUCCCAGGGCGUUCCCAUACUGUAUUCAGGCUCAUACUCAGACUACCCUGUCAAGCAAAACUUUGCCAUGGCUCCCAUGCAGCUGUCACCCUUGACCCUGCAGCAGCAGCAGCAGGCCCCUCCUCCACCCCCUCCUCAUACACAUCAUAUGAAUGGCAGUGUGCAUGGCAGCAGCCACAGAACUGGCCACGUGUUGGACUACCUGGAGAACCAGGUGAGAGGACUGGAUGUGGGGGCACCUCAUAUGGCUCGAUAUGGUGUCCAAAAUGCGCACCCAUUCCAGCCUCAACUCCAGCCUCAGCUCCACCCUCAGCUCCAGCCUCAACUCCAGCCUCAGCUCCAGCCUCAACUCCAGCCUCAACUCCAGCCCCAACUCCAGCCCCAACUCCAGCCCCAGCCAGGUGCUCCAGCUGUUCCCCACACAUCAGGACCCCCAAGCAUGUUGUCAGCUCUUGAUGAGUUGGGGGUCAGGGGGCUGGAGAGAAGGGUGAUCACUCUGCCUCCUAUUAUACAGCGUGUACCCAGUUCUUCUGGUGGAGAUGGAGCCAGGGGCGGUCCCAGAUUACCCAGCCAAUCCAGUGGGAGUACAAAUCGCUCUGGAGGAGGUCUCCCCCACAACAGUCGUGGCUAUAGAGAUGUCUCUCCUCCCAGACGAGGAAUCCUGCGCGAUUACAGCGAUGACUCGGACUGGGAGAACAGGCGAAGAAGAGCGCCUCAAAGGGGUUCGAGGAACGAGACAGGAGGCUCGUCCAGCAGGAGAGGAGGAUCCGGACCUCGUGCUCGUGGUCGUGACGACCUGCUGGAGGAGCUGUACAGCAGGGCAGCUAGGAGGGAGAGGAGCUACUCGCCUCCUCCGCGUCUCAAAGGAUCCUGGAGCUCAGAUGAAGAAGAAGGCAGGAGAAGAAAAGGAGGUAAAGGGAGGGAUUGGUCAGAGAAGCCGCCCAGCUACUCUUCCAUCGAUAACCAGCUGGGAUAUGGUAACAGGCGGAGGAACUACAACCAUCUCUCUGAUAGAAGCUCCCGUAGCAGCACCAGCGUGAUCAUCUGAAGCAUUUCAGUCAUUUUUCACCUUUUCCCAAAAGUUUCAGAAAGGUGAAAGUGAAGACAAACUGCAGAUACCUUCAAUCCGUUCAGUCAGAAGAUAUUUGUUGUGAAAUUUGAUAGUGAGUCCUGAAAAUGUACUGUAUGGAUAUACUUUGACUCUGUAUGCACUGCAUGCCAUUACGACAAAACAAUAUAACUUUUAUGUAUGAAGAAAAGCUGUUCAGCUGAGGCUUUAAAUUGCAGAUAAUUUAAACUGCAAUUAUAUUAAGACUGGUCUCUGAUUGAUGUCUGUAAUUCCUGUUCUUGCUUCUAUUCAAACAUGUAAUUUGUCUGUAUGUGUGAUUUCCUUCUGGUGAUGGAUAAAAGUAUCCUUUUGGUGUUUAUGAAGUAAAUAACAGUUUCAGCAAGCAAAUUGUUGGAUGCUGUGACAUUGUGUAGGUUAUUUAGAUGCAACAUUUUGAACAUGUUAUGUGUUUUUGAUAGACUCAUUGUGAAUUUGUAUGUAUUUUUAAAUGAUUUUUUUGUGUAAUUUCUUGUACUAUUUAAAUGCCUUUUUUAUCUUUAUCUAUUGUUAUCAUUAUUAGACAGCAACAAUAGAAAGUCCAUUACAUUAAGCAUUUGUAAGAAGACUUAGAAGCUCUAACUGAACUGACUGGAUAAACAACACCAACAUAUAAUUAUGUUUUUCAUUCAUGUUUGCUUUUGUCACAAACACAAACAGAUGAGUAUCGUGAUUAAAUGUGUAUGUUUUAAAUAAAACUUUUUAAACACA